AUGGAGAAGUUCGCGUCGGAGAACGAGCGAUCGCUUACCGCUCUCCUACGCUUCCUCAACUCCCUUGCUCCGCACAAUGUCGAGCACCCGGCAGCCGGGACCCUGGAUCUGACUUUCCACAUUAGGUCUAGAGAAGAGAUCCAGGACCAGAAGGAAGGAGUCGAGGAAAGUGCUGAUUCGCAGAAAGAAGGGGGAGGAGAGGUAGCUGGUGGUGGAAAGAAUGAAGGAUUAGAGAAGCUGCGGAAGGUGCAGCUUAGGAUAAGGACGACUGGUGGUAACUGCAAGGAUUUGGUGGGGAGGCAACUAUCAGCCUUCUUCCAAGACUGUGGAGUGUCUUCUGAGUUCCUGUGGCCCAAGGGUUACUGGGACCUGCUCUCUCCUGCUGCCAUUGCACAUGAACUUGCGAAAGAGGACGCCAAAGCUGCUGCUGCCUCAGCAGAAGUAGCUGCAAUUCAGCAGCAGCAGAAGCAGGAGGCGAAGAAGAAUCACCCGAGAUUAGAAGCAGAGUUGGAUGCAAUAAACGGGGCAUUAGAAGCGAUAGCAUCGGUACCGUGGCAUGAGGCUCUGGAGGACAAAAAGAGAAUAGAGAACCAGCUUCUGGCAGUGCUGGUUGCAGAUGGAUGGAAGGUGGGAGAGAGUGUGAAGCGCAUGUGGGCUGGGGAAAGGGAUGUGAGGAAGCUUUGUCUGGGGUUGGAUGAAGGGAGCGCUAAGAUGGUGGCUCGGGUGUUGGUGCAUGUGCAGGGAAAUGAUAAGGAGCAUGGGAAAAUGGUGUAUGUGGUGGAGGGGAUGGAAGGGGAAAAGGAAAUGAAGGAUGGAGUUAGUGGUGAUGAGAAGGGAGGGGAGGCUGUUGGGGAAGGACGUGGCAAGAAGGGGUCUCUCAAAAUUGAAAUCAUUUGA